GCGGGCUCGCAUCCUCCGCCCUCGGCCGCCGCGCUGACGGUGAGCUCCCACGCCUCGCGACUCCCGCCGCCCCGGACUCGGACGCGGGGACGUCCAGCCUGCAUUCCCGCUCCUCAGCCUGCGACCCUUGAAAAGUGACAGAAAUGAGCGGUGGCUUGGCUCCAAGUAAGAGCACGGUCUAUGUGUCCAACUUGCCUUUCUCCCUGACAAACAAUGAUUUAUACCGGAUAUUUUCCAAGUAUGGCAAAGUUGUGAAGGUUACAAUAAUGAAAGACAAAGAUACAAGGAAGAGUAAAGGUGUUGCAUUUAUUUUGUUUUUGGAUAAAGACUCUGCCUUAAAUUGCACCAGAGCAAUAAAUAACAAACAGUUGUUUGGUAGAGUGAUCAAGGCGAGCAUUGCUAUUGACAAUGGAAGAGCAGCUGAGUUCAUCCGGAGGCGAAACUACUUCGAUAAAUCUAAGUGCUAUGAAUGUGGGGAAAGCGGACACCUAAGUUAUGCCUGUCCUAAAAACAUGCUUGGAGAGCGUGAGCCUCCAAAGAAGAAAGAGAAGAAAAAGAAGAAGAAAGUCCCUGAACCAGAAGAAGAAAUUGAGGAAGUAGAAGUGAGUGAAGAAGAGGGGGAGGACCCAGCUCUGGACAGUCUGAGUCAGGCCAUAGCGUUCCAGCAAGCCAAAGUUGAAGAGGAGCAAAACAAAUGGAGACCCAGUCCAGGGGGUCCCUCAACCUCAGAUGAUUCUAGACGACCAAGGAUAAAGAAAAGUGCAUAUUUCAGUGAUGAAGAAGAACUUAGUGAUUAAGAUUGUAUUUAUUUUGUAAAUAUUAUUCAAAUAAAAUCUUACAGUACCAAA